CAAUGGGUCCUUGGUGCCAGCAGAUGGGCAACCCACGGAGCGGUCGGAGAGCCCCACCCCAGGGCUGGCUCAGGGCAUGGAACCAGGUGUCUGGACAGCCUGCCGGCCAUGAGAGACUGAGCCAGCCAGGACCCUGGGUGCAGGCAUCGGAGGUGCUGGCUCUGCUUUAGGAGUGGGCCUGCUCUGCUACAGAGAUGGGGCUCUAACACAGGGUGGGGUUCGGAGUCUUGGGGUAUUGGCCUCUCUCUAGCAGUGAGAAUGGGGACACACGAGCCCGACUUUGUUAUUCGUCCUGCAGGAGUCGAGUGGGGUUCCCCUUCAUCUGUGGUGUCUCCCAGAGUCUGGCUCAUUUCUUCCCACCAUCCAGUCGGCUGUCCUAGCUUGUCUUGGAGCAGUCAUCUUGGCACUGGAGAGGAGAGGCUAAAGCUCUCCGGUGUUUUGGUUUCCAGGGGCAGGCCAGGAGGGGGCGAUGUUUGUUCACACCCGGUCCUACGAGGACCUGACGAGCCCUGAGGAUGGAGAUGUCGUGUCCAGGAACCCUGAGGAAGGGCAAGGGGACCAGGCAGACCAGACCAGCAUGGAACAGAUCAGCAAGGACUUCAGUGAGCUCAGCACACAGCUAACGGGCAUGGCAUUAGACCUGGAAGAGGAGAUGAGGCCGAGUCAGGAGGACAAGAUGGAUCUCUCGCUGCAGACUGCCCGGAGAGACUCAGCUCGGUCAGAGAAAGAGGACGAGGACGUGACCAUGGAGGCCUGGCGCAUGCAUCAGAAGCAUGUGUUCGUGCUGAGCGAGGCGGGCAAGCCAGUGUAUUCCCGCUACGGCUCAGAGGAGGCGCUGUCCAGCACCAUGGGAGUGAUGAUGGCCCUGGUGUCCUUCCUGGAGGCAGAGAAGAAUGCCAUCAGGUCUAUCCAUGCAGACGGCUACAAGGUGGUCUUUGUGCGCCGGAGCCCCCUGGUGCUGGUGGCCGUGGCCCGGACGCGGCAGUCGGAGCAGGAGAUCACUCAUGAGCUCCUCUACAUCUACUACCAGAUCCUCAGCCUGCUCACCUGGACCCAACUCAACCACAUCUUCCAACAGAAGCAGAACUAUGACCUACGCAGGCUGCUAGCGGGCUCCGAGCGCAUCACCGACAACUUGCUGGACCUGAUGGCUCGGGACCCCAGCUUCCUGAUGGGUGCCGCGCGCUGCCUGCCGAUGACAGCGGGGCUCAGGGACACCGUGAGCACCUGCCUCCAGCAGGCCAAGGCCAAAAGCCUGGUGUUCUCCAUCCUGCUGUCCAGGAACCAGCUGGUGUCUCUAGUGAGGAAAAAGGACCAGUUCCUGCAUCCCAUUGACCUGCAUUUACUCUUCAACCUCAUUAGCUCCUCCUCCUCCUUCCGUGAGGGUGAGGCCUGGACUCCUAUCUGCCUGCCCAAGUUCAACUCCAGCGGCUUCUUCCAUGCCCACAUCUCAUACCUGGAGCAGGACAUGGAUCUGUGCCUGCUCCUGGUCUCCACCAACCGUGAGGACUUCUUCACUGUCUCCGACUGCAAGCGCCGGUUCCAGGAGCGCCUGCGGAAGCGUGGCAUGUCCCAUGCCCUGCAGGAGGCCCUGCGCACCCCCUUCUACAGCGUCUCCCAAGUGGGGAUCCCGGACCUCAGACACUUCAUCUACAAAUCCAAGAGCUCAGGUCUCUUCACCAGCCCUGAGAUUGAGGCUCCCUAUGUCAGCGAGGAGGAGAAACAGAGACUGCUGGAACUAUACCAGUACCUACACAGCCGUGCCCACAACUCUUCCCGCCCCCUGAAAAACAUCUACUUCACAGGACCCAGUGAAAAUCUUCUGGCUUGGGUGACCAGUGCCUUUGAGCUCUACGUGUGCUACAGCCCCCUGGGGACCAAGGCAGCUGCUCUCACCGCUGUCAACAAGCUGAUGAAGUGGAUCCGCAGGGAAGAGGACAGACUCUUCAUCCUGACACCGCAGACCUACUGAUGGGUGCUGUGCCAUGCCAGCCAUGCCCAGAAGAUUCCCGGCUCCAAUCAGAACAUCCCCCGGGGCAGGCCCUGCCCUCCCAGUGUGCGCGGGAGAUGGUGGGAAAGCGGCACCCUUUGGAAGCAGAGUCCUCUGCCCCCCAACGCAGGGAAAGCACAUUAAUGGGGCUGUUAAAUAGCAGAUUUUAGAGACCCUAAAGCUUCCCAAGUUGCCUGGCACUGUGACCAGGACUCAGUGGAGCCCCUGCUACUGAGGGGCCGCCCCACCUGGACACACAUUCCCCACUACAGCCUCCAGCCACUGCUUCUACCUCACCUGCCACUUCUCAGCCUCCCCACACCAUCCUGCUUCCCUACCCUGUUGGGACACUCUUCAUUCCUGAGGUAUAUCCCUCAGUCUAGGGGAGUGAGGGAAUCCCCCUUUUGCUAGCUGCCUCCAUGGUGGGGCAGGGGAGGGGUAGGUGCUCAGUCUGCACUGGGCUCCUAGGACCCCUGGUUCCUCCUGUAGCACCUCCCCUCUUUUCUCCAUCACUAGACUAUUCCCAGAGCGCUGAGGUGGCAUCUCCACCACUCCAGACCCACCCCGCUAUCCCUGGCCUCCAGGUCUCUGAGCCAGGGGUCACUGCCUGUGCACCGCAGAACCUGCUGGCUCCACCUCUGCCCCAGUUAUCUGCCAGGCCCAGGCAUUCUGCCCGGGUCCCCAAGGGACAGGUUCUCAGGGGUGUUGGUGGGCAGGGCACACAGGGCAACCUGCCAUGAGCAGGAAGGGCCGUAUUACCCAGCGGCUUGGCCACUUGGUGUCGUCCCUCUCCCUGCUGUCUUCCAGCUUUCCCCUGCUCCUGGCAUCUUGAUGCCAGCAUCUCCCAGCCGGGCCCUUCACAGCCCUGUUGGAGGCCUGGGGGGCAGGGAGCACUCAGACAGGAAGAACAGGCCCUUUGGGCUCCAAAGUGAGGAGGCCCUCAUGUCGCCUUAUGUUGGCCUGGUCACCCUGGGGAGGGCAGGGUGGCUGGGUCCCCAACCCCAGAAGGAUUCGCCCUCAGGUCUCCAUUAGUCAGUGCCGGCCUCUCCCACCCCCAGGUAUUCCCUAGAUCUCGCCCAAGCCCAGAUCACAGGCAGUUUGCCUGUCCCUGCGGCUGGGUUUUCGGAGCCAGCUCAGCAGCUGAUCUGUGUUCAUGACCAUGGCACCGGAUCCUGGGAUGGGGCUGGAGGAGGAAACCAACACCACUGAAUAAAGACUGCAGAGAAACGAUGGUGGUUUUCUUGCCGUGGGAUGGCCACGUGGUGGCAGCAGAGGAUGAGAGCGGGAAAGGGCUGGGUCCAGGGUCUGAGGUUAAAGCCAGUUUCCAUUGUGAACCGCACCGGGACCCCUGUUAACUGUCUCUGAAAAGCCAAACGAUCUUCGUUGUAGCCCAAACUGUUUCUGUUGCAGCCUGAACAUGCUUGGCACAACUGGAUGUCCCACUGUCCUGCGGUGCUUUACAAUGAUUAUCAGUUGUUCUUAUUUUCAGGAAUUUGCAAUACUACAGCCCAGAACAAAUAUCCCAUGCGGGGUUAAUAAAGUGGGUGCUAUGGCCCGGCAGGGGCAAGGGCCGCCAGCAGCCCUGCAAUGUGCCACUGACUCAAGCAGACUUUGGAAUUGGACUGGGACGGUGCCAAUGGUAGGCCCAGGUCGAGCCAGCACCACGUGCUUGUCCGUGGCCACACCUGCUCCUGGGCCCUGCCAGGACAGAUAAGGGAAAUAAUCUAUAGCGGUAUGAGGCACCUUGAUCCUAUCCCCUCAGUGUAGCUGCAGCCGUAAGAUCUCACUCCCCUGAACUGCCAGUCAGCCUGGGCCCAGAGGAGAGGAUAGAGCAGCUCUGGCUGUCCUGUUGGCCUGCUGGGAGAGAGACGUGUCCCUGGGAAACAGGGAGUGUGACUAGCAGGUGGCAGUCACUGACCUGUCCCAAGACACCAUAGGAAAUCGGGCCCCCAGCUCCAAGGGUGGAGAAGGAUUUGUCUGGGACUUGGAGGAUUUUUUCUUCCCUUGCUCACUGUGGGCUCAUGAGUGUGAAAGGCACCUAGGGCACACAGGGAGCUUUCCAUAAACAGGGGUGGGGAGUGGGGAGAUGGUUGGGAGCAGCCAGUGCCUGCUGCCCAGUGGGGAAAUAUGGACUCCCAGGAUCUGCACAGUGCAGCUAUAAACCACAUCCUCCCUGGCAGAUUUCACAACCCUGCCAGUCAUUGCCUCAUCUGCCCUGAACCUUGGCCUACAGAGCUCAGCAGCCAGGGAUCUCAUUCCAUGCAAACCUGGGUCCCCUUCGCCACAACCAGUGUGGUGAGUCUCCAGGGGGUUGAGUUUUGGGGUGUCAGUGACCUGGUUUGAGAAGGGCAGCCUUCCCUCUGCCUUUCAAGGCUCUGUUGCUAUCUUGGGUUCCUGGCCCCCAUGCCCAGCAUAUCUGAGCCCCUCAAUCCAGAAGAGACUGAUCCUCACGUCCCACCCUCCCAUGCACAAGAGCUGUACUAGGGUAGGUUCACCCAUGGUGAACUUCCUGGGCUGUUAUAGGCUUCCAAUGUGACCCUGGGCAAGUCACUUAGCCUCGGUGCAGUGGGGAUGCUAGUCCUGCACUGCCUGACGGCGGUGCAAGGGAAAUGCACAAUUAAGCCAUGUGUUGAGAGCCACUGAUGCUCUCUAUAAGGUGUAAUUGUUCUGCAGAUGGGAACAGAGGCACAGCGACAGACCAAAGCUCACACAGGGAGUGAACCAAAGCUGGGAACUGAAUCCUGGUCAUCUGGCUCUCAGGGUAGGGGCCAGCCUUCCACUCCAUGCUCAGCCUCCACAGUCCAAUUCCUGAACCUCCAAUACCUUCCCCUUCCUUCCACUGUACAUGAUCCACUACCAGGCCCAGUCCGGCAUGGUGACCCUCAUUCAGGGAGCAGUCUCACUGGAGCGUAGGGCAAGGGCUGCUCCCAUGUGUGUGGGUCUGCAGGGCUGGGCCCUUUGGGGAGAAGGGUAGCAGCUCUCAAAUGCCAACAGUGUUAUUGCUCCAGUGCGUCAAUGCACACAGCGUUUUGCAGGCAAAUCCCAAGAGUGGUGGUGUCUGCUCAGAGGCAGCCAACAGGGGAUGAAGGAGGCCAGCAGGAGUGGACCGCUGGCAGCGAGAAGGGCAGUGUGAGGAUGAGGAUACGGAUGGGGUUCAUAGUCCUGAGUCAGAGAGGCUGGUCUUGCAGGAUGACCCCUGGGGAAGAAGACUCAGUGACGCGACCCAGAGCAGAUGAAGGGCUCGGAAAGUUGGAUCGAGCUAGUGGAACGGGCGUGCUGGGGGUUAUGCCAGGGCAGCACCAGACAGAGCCUUCAGGAAGAGGAUGAGGAAUGUGGGCUCGCUGUGGAUAGAGGCUGGAGGCUGGUGGGUGGAUCUGAGCAGGGAGCAGACAGCACCCCCAUGGUGGGCCAAGGGAGGAGAGUUUGGCUGCAGUGGGCAGAAUGGGCUGGACAGGGAAAGGGAGGAAGAGAAGGCUGCAGCCCUCAGGUGAGGCACGAGGUACCCAGGGCAGGAGAGAGCUGAUCCCAAGGAGAUGGGGAAGAACAAUGGGGUUUCGCAGCAGCUGGGACAGGCUUGGAGGACAGGGAGGGUGAGGGGCCCCAGUUUUGCAGCAUUUAACCUAAGGAAGCUGUGGGACCUCCCUGAGGAAAUAACAGGGCUGUGGGGAGGGGAGCCCUGGCAGAUGCAGAUCUGAGUCAUGGGCACCAAGGAGGCAGCAGCACCCUGGGGGCAGGCACACUUGUCUGGGGUGGGGACAGGUUUAGAACGGGAGCAAGUGUCAGCAGCUCCUGGGGAAGGAGGGGCCCACUGGGAGAGGGUCCAAGAGAUACAGGGAGGAUGGGAAGUAGGAGAGGGCAGAAGCCUGGGAGGAGGGGGCAGGAGAAGGGAAUCUUGAGGGGGGACGGAUAAUCCCAAAGCCCAGGACAGAAGAAGGAUGAAGGGCAAGCAGGUGGCAAGGAGACCCCUCGCUCAGCGAGGAGGGCUAGUUACUCUGGGGAGGGCUGGCUCAGCAGGUGGGCCCCAGCGGUGGUAGAGGCUUGUGGGGUAGCUAGCACACGCCAACACUUGGGGAUGGCAGUGAGGUGGCAGCUGGCUCUUCUCCAGAGCAGGGGAAGAGAAGGCAGGAUCAGCAACUCAGUUUCCUGGCAGGUGCCAGCCUGCAUGCGGGGCAGUUGGCAGACCCCGUGGGUGAGCUAGCGCCACCGACACCAGCCAGGCCUGGCUGCCUGCACGCUCACCAGCCUAUCCUGGUAUGAGCCGCAGGUACUCCCAGCUCUCCUGGCACAGUGGGAGGCAGGACCCCCUCCGCGGGUGCGUCAGAAACCCCUGCUUGGACCAAAGGGGCCAGAGCAGCUGGUUUUAAGGGCUGCCACCCA